GCAAAGCCCACGAAAAAUAUUUUACAGAUUUCCAAUCUUACGGAUUUUGCUUUGCAAAUGUCACAAAUUCCCAGAUUAAAGGUGCUCAUCAAGCCUUUUACAAAUUUUUGAAUGCUGUUCUCAAAGAGAAUACGUCUACUGAAGAUGCAAUAAACAUGCCCGACGUCUUUUGGCUACAAAGAAGGUCAGUGUUAGGUUCUUGUCAAGCUAAAUGGGGAUCGUUUUGCAACUCUCGCUGA